CCAAUAGCUUCCCUCUGAGUUCUGACUACUUCCCAGUGGAAAACGUACUUGGGACAGACACUGGAGUGCUCUUGGAGAGAAGUCCCAUGGGGACUGUACCUGACCCUCUGAGAGUGACUAAAGCUUCCAUAGUGACAGCUUCUGGAAAGGAAGAGGGUCGAGGAGAGCUGCAGAAUACCUCCCCACAACAAGCUCAGCCGGAUAAGAAUGCUGGUGGCAUUGGCAAUGCCCCUGCUGAACUCAGCCUCAGGCUCAGUGCAGCUGCUGAGGCCCUGAUGCAAGCUUGUGUACAUGAGACCAGCCAGCAAAACAUGGCAUCUCCUGGUGUCCUCCAUGAGGUGGAGCCAGUGUCUCCCACACACAACCCUCCUGACGACUCCCGGCUGCAAGGAAGCAAGGAGCUGGCAGCACCGAGCCUGAAUCCUACUGCAGAGAAGGAACUUAGAUCUGCACCAUUUUUAAUGCCAGCCGUUCAGCACACUCACCAUGCCAUCCAAAGUGACCCGCCAAGUACUAGCAGCUGCCUGGCACCUGAAGAUUCCUUGGUGAAAUCAAAGGCAAACUCAAACAGUGAGAAACCUGAGACGUCAAGUUGUCCUCCCAGGGUCCCCUGUUGCAGCAGUGAAAAUCAAAUGCUCUGUGAUUUUCCUUCUCCAGAAAAUACCCAGGGAAUUGUACAGGCUUCGGAUCCAGCAAUGGGGGUUCACUUGUCCCCUUCUGCAGACAGACCAAACGGGGAAGGGCAGAAUGUCAACAGUAACACCACAGUGGGACCCAGUGAACCUCUAGCAAGAGGUGGAUGCUCAGAGAACAAACAGCCCUUUGCCACUGCGACGGAUAACACGGGGGAAGGGUCUGAAAACCUUCCCCCAUCCCCACUCACCAGCAGAGAUUCCACAUGUUCUCCAGAUGCGGAGGAGGUGCCGCUGCCAACGCAGCAUCCGGUGUCAAGGUUCAAAGAAGCCAGUACAAUGACCUGCCAAGCUGACAGGGAGACUAAGGAGGUCCCUGGCAGGGCUUGGCAAGAUGCCGAAGUGCAGGCAGUGGCAAGUGUGGAGAGCAGGUCUGUCUCUACCAGCCCCAGCAUCCUCCCCGCGUUCUUAAAGGAAACCCCUGCUCCCGAGGGUGAGAAUGGGCAAGAGCAGCUACGUGUAGUUUGCCAUGGCCAGGGCAGUGGAAGCCACUUACUGGAACUCUCUAACAGCACAGUAGACCCCCAAGAGUCAAGGCAGUGUGCCGGCAUUGUGCCCCAGGUGCACAUCCUGCCAGCCGCUGCCACUCCUGCUGCUUCCAAGGGGGAAUGCAAAACAAAAAACCAAUCAGGGGAAGCCUUUAAAUCCUCUCUGAUAGCCUCCAGUCAAAAGCAAGCUACAGAGGAAGAUGGGCGAGCUUCAGCAAGCAAAGAGGCAGCCUCCAGGCAGCCUCCAGGUACUAAUCCUGGCUCCCAGAAAGCUAGCCCCAUUGGCCAGAUUUCCUUCAUGACUGGGAGUCAAGCUGAGAUAAGUCAUGGGCUGGGGAACUCUGAACCCAAGCCACCUGAAUUUGUAAUGAAAACUACAAAUGACCACAAAACAGAGCCAGACUGCAAACUACCUGACUCCCGUGGAGGUGCCGGUAAAGAUGACCAGCUGGAGAGCUUGAACCCUGCUGAUAAAAGAGGUGCAAAGGACGGGAAGCCUGCUUCUCCUCAUAUUGUGAAAGAGCACACACCUGGGACCACCUGCGCCCUAGAUGCCAAAACCCUACUACUAAAUCCUAAAUCUCAAGAAAAUGAAGGUACAGGACCCGAGAGCAAUCUUGCACCCUCCCCAGGGAGGAAGAACCAGCAGAACACCUUGGAAGAACACAGACAGACCAAAACAGCCACGAGCCUGAGCCUGCCACCCGAUGGCACAGGGGACUCGAGCCCGGGCUCUGGCAAGAGGACCCCUUCUCGCUCAGUCAAGGCCAGCCCACGCAGGGCCAGCCGGGUCAGCGAGUUCCUGAAGGAGCUCAAUGUGACGGCAGCCGCUGCCCAGGUGGGGCUCACACCUGGAGAAAAGAAGAAACAGAUGGGUGCAGACUCCAAGCUGCAGCUGAAACAGUCCAAGCGAGUCCGGGACGUAGUGUGGGAUGACCAGGGCAUGACCUGGGAAGUGUAUGGUGCUUCCUUGGACCCAGAGUCCCUGGGAAUUGCCAUCCAGAACCAUUUACAGAGACAAAUUAGGGAGCAUGAGAAACUAGUUAAAACACAAAGUGGCCAGACUCGAAGAUCUAUCUCCUCAGAUUCUUCUUCAAGUAAGAAGCUCAAAGGGAGACAGCAGGGUGUCCUACAGUCCAUGCUGCAAAACUUCCGGCGCCCCAACUGCUGUGUCCGCCCCGCGCCAUCUUCUGUGUUGGACUGAAAGGAAGCAGCACCGCUGUAUGAAUUGUGGUAUUCCUUCUGUCUAUCCAUGUCGAAGCUUAGGAGUUUGGGUUUCUAUUUUGUUUGGGGUUGGUUGUCCUUGUUGUUUUCUGAGAGACCUAGAAGUAAAAGUAACUAUUAAGUUU